AUGGUCCAGCCAGUUUCUUAUCCAUCUUUUCUGGACCUGUCAUUUGAAUAUAGAGGCUGCUAUACGCAUUUCACUGUCACGAAGUUUGGAAAUCGUGACUUUGUAGCUGUGUCAAAUUUGGGCCGGUUUGGGCAGCUAGUAGAGGUAAUUUUCCCUCAUCGUCUAAUAGCAGAUCUGUUGUUUGAGGAGCACAAUUUUGAGUAUGAUACCCGGACACUGUUAGGGGCACCAGUGGUGAAUGUUCGAUUGAAUCAGCAUCUUUUAAGGAUAAUUCUGACUUGUUGCUUGACCGUAUUGUCAGAGUUUUUGCUAAAUACAACAGACGUCGAAAUGCUAUUUUCGCCAUUGGUCUUAAGGAACUGGACUUGGAUUAUGCCCAUAAAAUUGUCGAAACACUGGAGGAAUAUUUUGUUAAAAAGUCGGAAAUACAAUCCCAGUGAAGGCAGUGUGCGUCACUUAUGUACUUCUUGUGCUUUGAAUUCCGCAAAGGCGCAAAAGGAGCGCUCUAAAAAGGGUAUUUUUCUCCCAGAAACAGCAUUUAAAGUUCAUAUAAAAACAGUCGAGCGAAGUGGGCUGGAUGCCGAAAUUGCGUCUGUUGGAGGUUUUAAUAGUUUCUACCAGUGGCAGUUAAACGAUAGUUCACGAGAAGGUCUUCCCUUAUUUGUCCUGAUGGAUGGUCCUCCAUAUGCAAAUGGUGAUGUUCAUAUAGGACAUGCAGUUAAUAAAAUUCUGAAAGACUUUGUUUUACGAAGCCGUGUUUAUGCAGGGAACAGGGUUCAGUUCAUACCCGGGUGGGAUUGCCAUGGUUUGCCCAUUGAACUGAAGAUCAGCAGGGAUGCCGAAGAGGCGUUGUCACCAAUUGAAAUCAGAAAAAGAGCUCGCAAAGUUGCUGAGAGGUCUAUGAAUGCACAGAAGGCAUCUUUUAAACGUUGGGGUGUUAUGGCAGAUUGGGAUAACCCGUAUUAUACGAUGCAUCCGAGCUAUGUAGCGAAGCAGUUAAAAUUUUUUGCUAAGUUUUACGGAAAGGGUCUGGUCUAUCGAGCCUAUAAACCAGUUUACUGGUCCCCAAGUUCUUUGACAGCAUUAGCCGAAUCUGAACUGGAGUACAACCAUAAUCAUGAAAGCACUGCAGUUUAUUUCCGGUUUGAGGUAAUCAAUGGGCACAGUUUAGUACAGCAUCUAGCAACUGAUAAAAGGCCUAUUAAGUUAUUUGCUGUUAUAUGGACAACAGUUCCUUGGACACUUCCACUAAAUGAUGCUAUUGCGUUUAAGCCGGGAACUGAAUACGCACUUCUGGAACUGGUCCCUCCGUUUAGGGAAAAAACGAGGUGUGUUUAUCUCAUUGCCAAAAAUUUGGUCGAGGCGUUCAAAAAAAAGAUGAACCAGAGCUGGCAAAUGCUCGGAGUGGUAAAAGAUGAUUGUUUGGAAGGCUUGUGGUAUCACUGUUGUAUGUUUGUAGAUAUAGCAAGGCCAUUUGUCUCUUCAAAACAUGUAACUACCGAUACUGGCACUGGUCUUGUACAUGUCUCUUACGCACAUGGGUUUCAAGAUUAUGAGAUCAGUGUAAAAAGAGGUGAUAAAGUUUACUGUUACGUGAAUGAAUUUGGGAAAUAUUCGCGGCAAUUGGGGUACGGUUUGGAAGACAAGUUCGUGCUUGGCGAAGGACAAGAUGAAGUUUUAAAAAUGCUUAAAAAACAUGUUUUAUUAGCUUAUCCGUACGUCCACUCAUAUCCCUACGACUGGAGAACAAAAAAACCGGUAAUAAUUCGUAGUAGUGCGCAGUGGUUUAUCGACACAACCACUUUGGCAGAAGAGGCUGUGAAAUUAAUAGAAAAUGAAGAGAUUGAAGUCGGGACUCCUUUUACUGAUAUGCGGAACACGCUAAUACAAGUUCUGCAAGGCCGCUCAUCCUGGUGCAUAUCGAGGCAGCGUUGUUGGGGUGUACCGAUUCCUGCACUGUUUAAGGAAGACAAAAGUGUAUUGAUGUCACAAAGAUUUGUUGAACACGUAGCUGACAAAAUAGAACGAGAAGGCUCUGAUUCUUGGUGGAGUUCCGACGUCCAAUCGCUUCUUGAAGAUACAUUCGCUAAGGAGUUUGAUUUGAAAGGAAAUGAACGGAUACAGAAGGGGACAGACGUAAUGGAUGUAUGGUUUGAUAGCGGUCUAGUUUGGGGGUGUGGACGAUAUGAACAUUUACCUGCGGACUUAAUAGUUGAGGGUAAUGAUCAGUUUCGCGGUUGGUUCCAAUCUCUCGUGCUAACAUCGCUAGCUUUAGAAAAUGCAAUACCGUUCAAAAAAAUUUUGGUUCAUGGCUUUGCUGUGGAUGGAGAAGGAAAAAAAAUGUCUAAAUCAGUUGGCAACGUCGUCUUGCCUCAUACAGUUACGGACGGGUCUUUACAUUCAAAAGCGUUAGGCGCUGACGGUCUUCGACUGUGGGUUGCUUUGCACGGUAGCAGCGGCGAAGCCAGGUUAAGUUCUGAAAUCGCUCAGGAAAUUGACAGGACUUUAAUUGCUAUACGAAGUUCGUUCCGCUUCUUGCUAGGAAGCCUCAAAGGGAUAGGAGAAAAACGCGAGAAUUUGUCGCCGUACUUCAUCGAUCAGGUAAGCGUUGUUAUUUCCAACGGAAAUCAAUUGCACUUUCUAGCUAUUAUUUUAAUUUUACAGUAUAUACUGCAAGAAACCAAUAAUUUCACUCAAAAAUGCUUAACAAAUUAUAUGAAGUUCAAAUUUCGAUCAGUGGCAAAUGACUUUAUUCAAUUCCUGCAGCGCCCUUUGAGUGCGAACUACAUAGGUAUUGAACUCAGUUGCUGCAAAGAUGAUAUGGAGAAAUUACGUAAAUUACAGAAGGACGACCGCAGUUUCUCAUCGGAACUAGUUGAAGCUCUCGGAGUUUCAACCGUUCUGCUAAAAGGGCAAGAAGCAACAGAUUUCUCGCUACGAAUGGAACACAGCCCACUGCUAUUUUGCAAUCGAUGUCGAAAGCACAGAAGAGUUGAAGGAGAAGAACAUUGCAGCCCAUGCACAAAAGCCCUAGCAGAAUAUGAGCUGUAG